AUGCCCCAUCCAAGACAAAAACAUGCUGGAGGCUGCAUGGUAUAUGGUGUACCACUUAUCAUUUUUGUUGACGACGUUAGUGGAAAUAUAUCCAAACAAUGGAACAAACACCAUGCUGUCUAUAUGUUAAAUGGCUUGCUUCCAAAGCAGAUGAUAGAGAAGGAUUUCUGUACAAGAUUUGUCACCUCUUCACCUCAUGCAACACCUAUGGAGCUUGUAAAAGCACUAAAGGAGAGUAUUAUGAAAGCAGCUGAACAUGGAGUUGAGGCAUAUGACUGCAAGUUUGAGGAGGAGUGUCUCCUUGUACCCCAUGCACAUUUUUGGGCUGGUGAUAAUCCAAUGCAGGCAGAGGAAUGUAGUCAUGCUGGACUUCAUUGCAAUUUUUUCUGCCAGGAAUGUAAAGUUGGGGGGACUCAAGAAGAGAAGCAGACAGAUAAUGGAUUUAUGGAGUUGUUCAAGUCUGGUGAACUUCAUACACCAGAAGAUACAGCUUUCAAGAUAUAUGAACAACUGCAACUUUCAACAUUAUCAGAUGCUACUGAGAAGCUGAAAAAACAUAAAGCAGCCAGUGGAAUCAAUGAUUCAAUCUGUGCAAACUCUCUUCAAGCAAUUGUUGAUCUUGGUAAAUCCUUGUAUAGUGGAAAACAUCCAGACAGUGCUGGAAAAGCCAAGGAAGAGAUUCAGGCUCAACUAGAAGCAGAAGUCAACUGUGUUGUAGAGGAACAUGGUAUAAAUCCAUUGAUUGGCAUGCCAGGUGUCAAUAUGCAUCAGGAAACUCCCACAGAAAUACUGCACACUGUAUUAUUGGGUGUUGUAAAGUACUUUUGGGGCCAGACUGCAUAUAUACUGGAGAAGACCAAAGACUUUUCAAUUUUCCAAACACGCCUUUCAUCUAUUGACACUUCAGGGCUAAAUAUACCAAAAAUCUCUGCAGAAUAUAUCUGCGCUUACAAGGGGAGUCUCAUUGGAAAGCAUUUCAAGAGCUUGGCACAGCUGAUGCCUUUUCUGAUUUAUGACCUUGUUCCACAAAAAGUAAUCAAUGCAUGGACCAUCAUUGGAGAACUGGUGGUGCUAAUCUGGCAUACUCAAAUUGACAAUAUGGAAGGAUAUUUAAGCAACUUAUCACAUACUAUUGAAGCGUUGUUAAAUGUGACUGCAGAGUAUACCCCCAGCAUUCUGAUAUCAAAGCCAAAGUUCCAUUUUCUAGUCCACCUUCCAGCACACAUUCGCCGUUUUGGGCCAGCCAUCAUAUUCUCCACUGAACGUUAUGAAUCAUUCAACCAUGUAUUCCGACUCUCUUGCAUUUAUAGCAAUCGACAAGCUCCAAGCUGCGAUUCAUGUAUAGCAUUUGCAGCCCAAGAUACCACAAAGCAUAUUGUCACUGGAGGAUAUUGGCAUGAUCCAGCUUCUAAAAGCUGGGUUCAUGCUGGCCAGGAAGUACUCUCUUUUAUGGAGAACAACACACUCUAUCAUGGACUUCUUGCAAUACCCAGUAUCUCAGAAAAUGACAUUCGCCCCAGUGUAAUAAGGCUUUCAUCCACCAAUCAGUCAGAUCGAGGAUUAAACUGGUUGUCUACAGAGGCAUCUAAGGCAUCCAAUAGUCAGGAUUAA